GAUUAAUGAGUAACGGAAAAGUCUUUUCUGAUCAUCGUGCGCUGCAUCCGUUGGGGAGCUUGUUGGGCUUCUUUUCACGUUAUCUGCCUUUCUUAUUCUUCUCUUGCUUAUUUUUGUGUGAGAUAGUGGGAUAGGAUUAUGAGAGCUUUAGGGGACCUUUGUAUGGCGGUGGCUGCGGCUUGUUCCGACGGUUUCGCUGAGGAAGGAGAUGUUGCCGGGGGGUCGUGCCCACGAUGUCUUGAAAGGUAGGAUCGCGAGAACGAUGGCAGUGGGGCGCGCUUAGAUGAGAGCAGUACUAGGAUGGGGAGUGGCUGCUUCAAAGUGGGUGGCUUGAUUUUUUUGGAAUUGAUUUCUGGAAGAGCUGCCAGAUGCCAGGAUCCGACCCCUUGGAAAGUUUGGCUUGGGGUGUUGUCUUUUGAUGCCUUCAAAAGUUUGGUCCGGAAGGAGUAAAAACUUUGCUUGGUUAUGAGCUGCCGAAUUAUGAAGUGGUCUCGUGGCAGUUGUAUUGAUUCAUAAUGAUUGAUUUUUUACUUUGUUAAAUUUGAUCAAGAAUUUUGGAGUCCGGCAACUGAGUAAAAAUAUGGCUGGACAAAUUGCUGGUAAUGAUUUUACAUUUAAUGGAAAAGAAGAAACAGGGUGUUAAGAAUUUGUGAUUCAAAAUAGAUUGAAUAUUAUUUUUUAUUUUUAUAUUUGUAAUCAUAUGCAUUUGGGCUUGCAUUAUUCUUGCAUGUGGAUUUUAUUUGGGUUGCAUUUGUAUUAUGGGCCUUGUAUAUGAAUUUAGUUGGGCCAUGGUUGCCCUAGCUGUUUAUGAUCUUUUCUGGUAAUGCCAUUCAUGUCCAUUUGGCCUGCAUACAUAAGAGAAAGAAUUGGAAGCGUCGCUAGAAAGAUCAGAGAAUAGAGUUGCGCGAGAGAGGACGAAAGAAGCCUACCUUGCCGGCCGACCAGAACGGAGAAAGACAGAUCGCUGGAGACGAGCAAUCUGAUGCCCAGAACGUCCCACAUCUAGAAUCCUUCAACGCACAAGAACCAGCCAGAAAUUGCGAUUAAGAGCUUAAAAGAAAGGUAUUAGAUCGAAGCCCUAAAUUCGAAUAGCAGGUUUAUUUCUUUCACUGUAACUCAUGGGAUUUGGGUAUGAGAGAUGUUAUGAAGAUGGGUUGAGAGUGCUGUAAUGCUCGGGUGAAUGAGCUUGUAUUCUCAGUUUGUUUAAUCUUCUUGUUUCGAUUAUGCCUUGUAUUCUGUGUAAAUCUUUGAUUCAGUCGUAUUCUGUGUAAAUCUUUGAUUCAAUCGUAUUCUGUGUAAAUCUUUGAUUCAAUCGUUCUAGUGGAUUGACUAGGGCGAAGCCCUGCCGUGAUGUAGGAUCCUAUUUUUGGGUCCAGGGGCGGAUCUAGGAGCAGAUCUGGGGGAGGGCUGGCCCCAGAUCCAUGAGUAUUUCAGCCCUCCUCCCCCCAAAUGGGCCAGAUCUGCAAGGCAGUUCUGGUGGAGGGCUGAAUCCGCCCCUGCUUGGGUCCGAACACAUAUCAGUAUAUGGCUUGUCUCUUGUGUGCGUGUGUUGUGUUCGGGUUGUAUUUAUUUUCUUUUCGUUCUUCUUGAUUUUCUUGUUCUUGGUAUUGCUCUUGGUCUUUCGCCGAGUGGUUGUUCUCAGGUUUAUUAACACAGGAAAUAAGAAAAUGUUAGAUACAUUAUUUCUACAGUUGAUUUUUGAUUGUGUAUUCUGCUUUCAGACCGCAGUACCGGACUCUCAGUUUCGGUUCUGUAGUUGCAAGCAGCAAAAUGAAGAAACAAAAAGAUGGGGAGAAUGAUAUUGUUGGAGACUCUCAGACGAAUGAUGCCGUCCCAGACGACUCUAUAUCGAAGGAACCAGAUGGUGAAGUACAAUUAGGACACAUGGAUUCAAGAGGAGCACCAGAAAUUGUAUCGAAAAUGCAACAGCUCCACCAGAGUGACGGUUUGUUGGGCACAUCAUCAACUGAAAAUGUACCGGAAAUGCAACAGCUCCACCAAAGUGAUGGUUUGUCGGGCACAUCAUCAACUGAAAAUGUACCGGAAAUGCAACAGCUCCACCAGAGUGAUGGUUUGUCGGGCACAUCAUCAACUGAAAAUGGACUGGAAAUGCAACAGCUCCACCAGAGUGAUGGUUUGUUGGGCACAUCAUCAAUUGAAAAUGUACUGGAGAUGCAACUGCUCCACCAAACUAAUGUUUUGUUGGGCACAUCAUCAACUGAAAAUGUACCGGAAAUGCAACAGCUCCACCAGAGUGAUGGUUUGUCGGGCACAUCAUUAACUGAAAAUGUAUCGAAAAUGCAACAGCUCCACCAGAGUGAUGGUUUGUCGGGCACAUCAUCAACUGAAAAUGUAUCGAAAAUGCAACAGCUCCAUCAGAGUGAUGGUUUGUCAGGCACAUCAUCAACUGAAAAUGUACCGAAAAUGCAACAGCUCUACCAGAGUGAUGGUUUGUCGGGCACAUCAUCAACUGAAAAUGAUGCAUCAUGCUUAAUUUGUGCAGUACCGGAAAUGCAACAGCUCCACCAGGGUGAUGGUUUGUCGGGCAUAUCAUCAACUGAAAAUGUACCGGAAAUGCAACAGCUCCACCAGAGUGAUGGUUUGUCGGGCACAUCAUCAACUGAAAAUGUACCGGAAAUGCAACAGCUCCAUCAGAGUGAUGGUUUGUCAGGCACAUCAUCAAAUGAAAAUGUACCAAAAAUGCAACAGCUCUACCAGAGUGAUGGUUUGUCGGGCACAUCAUCAACUGAAAAUAUACCGGAAAUGCAACAGCUCCACCAGAGUGAUGGUUUGCCGGGCAUAUCAUCAACUGAAAAUGUAUUGGAAAUGCAACAGCUCCACCAGAGUGAUGGUUUGUCGGGCACAUCAUCAACUGAAAAUGUACCGAAAAUGCAACAGCUCCACCAGAGUGAUGGUUUGUCGGGCACAUCAUCAACUGAAAAUGUACCGGAAAUGCAACGGCUCCACCAGAGUGAUGCUUUGUCCGGCACAUCAUCAACUGAAAAUGAUAAGCAAUUUGCAGGCAACAAAAUGAAGAAACAAAAUGAUGGGGAGAAUGAUAUUGUUGGAGACUCUCAGACGAAUGAUACCGUCCCAGGCGACGACUCUAUAUGGAAGGAACCAGAUGGUGAAGUGCAAUUAGGACACAUGGAUUCAAGAGGAGCACGAGAAAUUGGCGACUCUAUAUGGAAGGAACCAGCUGGUGAAGUACAAUUUGGACACAUGGAUUCAAGAGGAGCACGAGAAAUUGUACUGGAAAUGCAAGAGUUCCACCAGAGUGAUUGUUUGUUGGGCACAUUAUCAACUGAAACUAAAAAAAAAAUCAUGAAAGUUCCAGCCAUACUUCGCAAGGUGGAGUCUAGUAACAAUUGCUAUGAUCCGAUGGUAGUUGCAAUUGGCCCUUACCACCACAAUGAAAUCAAUUACCACCACGAUCACAAUGAAAUCAAUUUUAAACGAAUGGAAGAUAUCAAAAUUCAAUUUAGAGAACAGUAUGCCAGUAAAUGUAAAAAAUCAUCGGAUGAAUUGUAUAAAGAGAUGAAGAUGUCUUUGGUUGAAGCUAAGAACCACUAUACCGAGGAUGUAGAAGAAAAGUUUAAAGACAACGAGGAGUUUGCACAGAUGAUGUUUCUCGACAGUUGUUUUGUCAUUGAGUUCAUGGAUAAUUGUGUAAACCCCAAGAAAGACGAUGAAAGGAUCACAAAUUUUGAUUUACCAUUCAUCAUGCGUGAUAUUAUGUUAUUAGAAAAUCAACUCCCUUUUAAUAUACUCGAAAAACUAAUGAGCUUCAAUGGACAAUAUAUAGGAAAGGAGAUGAUAGACAAAUUCAUCGCGAUGAUUAUCAAUGAUCAUCGUACUGAAAAAGAAAAAGAGACUAACAAAGCAACGGAAAAGUCUGUUUUGCAUCUUCUUGAACUUGUUCAGAUUAGACUUGUUGAUGAUCAGAAAAUUAAUGGGAGGGCUUUAGAAUGCGGAGAUUCUACAAAAGAAGAGCAUGUUAAGAUUACAAUUGUUGAUGAUAGUGGGGAGGUUAAAGAAUACAAAUGUGCUAAAAAAGAAGCACAAAGCUCGAAGACUUGUUUUGGGUUUCACUUGCCAAGUUUCAAUAAAGAAAUUAAAAAUGAGCUUAGCAUCAAAUCAUCUCCUGAAUACGAAGAUCCUACAAAAGAAGCACAAAGAGGGAAGACUUAUUCUCAGCUUCACUUGUCAAGUUCUAAUAAAGAAAUUCAACAAGAGUAUGUUAAGAUUACAAUUGUUGAUGAUAAUGGAGGGUUAAAGAAUAUAAAUGUGCUAAAAAAAGAAGCACAAAGAUGGAAGACUUGUUUUGGGUUUCACUUACCAAGUUUCAAUAAAGAAAUUAAAAAUGAGAUUAACAUCGAAUCAUCUCCUCGGAAGUAUCGUUUAGUUCAGGAGUUGAAGUCCAUCAAAUCAUCUCUUAUGGGGUGGAAGUAUCGUUCAGUUCAGGAGUUGAAGUCCAUGGGAAUACAUUUUCGGCCAAGCGAGACUUGUCAAUUCUCUGAUAUUACAUUUAUUUCUAGGCACCUGUAUGGAUGGCUCAAACUCCCUCCAAUAAGAAUCGAAAAAGGCACCAAGUCUUUGCUUUUGAAUUUGGUGGCUUUUGAAGCUUGCGCCGACCUUUCAAGCAAUUUUGGGGUUUCUUCAUAUGUUGCUUUCAUGGAUAAAUUAAUUGAUCAUGCUGAAGAUGUGAAGGAGCUACGAUCUAAAGGCAUAAUAUACAACUUAUUGAGUAAUGACGAACAGGUAGCGCAACUUUUCAACGAGAUGGGCGAAAGUGUGGAGGUGGUUGACGGCCGAAUUUGGGCGAAUGUUCAAGAGUCCCUUAACGCCUUCUUCUAUAAUAGCCGCUGCAGUUUGUGGUUUACUGAAUGCCUGAACAAUCAUUGUAGAAGCCCUUGGGCCGUAAUUGGUAUUGUUGCUGCAAUUGUUGUCGUAUGCUUAACUAUUAGUCAAACUGUCUUUUCUGCCAUUCAGCUUUAG